CUCGUCGAACGGAUCUAUAUCUUGUGAUUUGUUGAGAACAAUUGGGUCAGCCGAUUGAGUAGAUUUUGCCCUUCACUGGACUAUAUAAGCAUCCGCUGAACACAUCAAAAGCAUCAGUUAUUCUGCAAACUAACCAAAUUCAACAUGAAGCUGUUUGUUAUCGCUGCUGUCUUGGCCAUUGCUGCCGCCGCUCCGUCCAGCUACAAACCGAACGAAAAGACGUACGAGAAGGACUACAAAUACCCGGAGAUCACCGUCACCGGCCAAUCCGAUGAGCGUAACGUUGAUGGCAGCGGAAAGUGGAACUACGCCCAGUCUGACUACACCACCCGUGAGGAAGCCCAGGAGCAGAAGAAAUUCACCGUCACUACGGUCGAUGACUACGGCAAGGAAUACACCGCGGAAGUCUUUGGCAACACCAACAAGGGAUCUUCUUACUGGGUUUCCCCUGAAGGCGAGAAAUUUACUUUGACCUGGGCCGCUGAUAACGCUGGAUUCCAACCCAAAGGUGACCACUUGCCCGUUGCUCCCGUCCAUGUUUACGAACUCCCAGUUGCCCCUGUCCACGAAUACGUUCUCCCCGUCGCCCCCGUCCACGAAUACGAACUCCCCGUUGCCCCAGUUCACAUUCCUUUCAACGGAAAGGGCUUCAAGAUCUAUUAAAAUGUAAUUCUUGGUUGACGACAGAAAUUAUUUCAAUGUAUCCCCUGCUAUAUUUAUGGAAUGAAAGUUUUAUCAUUUUACAAACAUGUUAAUUCAGUCGUUUAAUAUUGUAUACCAUGGAUUGAAUAUGUUGGUGUAAAUAUAGAACAGAUUAUCUGACUACAA